UCAAAUAUCUUGGAAUCGAUUCUAAUGUAACAUCUGAAUUACCACCCGGAACCACAAUUUACCAUGUAUCUAAAGAAUUUGGGGUGGCUACAGAAGGAAGCCUGGGUAAAAUAGUCACAGGUCUUGCAAAAGCUCAGGCAGCUAAUAGUUCAAUGAAUGUCAACGUAAUUAUGCCAUAUUAUUCCUUUUUGAAACAGAAAUAUAAAGUCACUAAAAAUGUUCAACUAGGAGUUAAAGUUCGAGAUACUGAUGGUCAAUGGAAAGUUGCCCAUUUUACAACUUACAAAUUCUUGUUAAAUGUAGAUAGAAAUAAUUCACAAGGGACAAUUAAUGUUUUUAUGAUCGGUUCUCCAUCAGAUAUGCCAUCACUAAAUCAGGCAUUCAAAAUAGAUGUUGCUGAUAAUUUAUACACACCAAAAAAGUCACUGCCUUUAGAAUGGAAAGAUUUAUAUUUUUGUAAAGCUGCAGCAGAAUUCAUAACUUACAGGAAUACUAUGCUCGAUACACCCCUUUUCGCUAAACGCGAAAGUCGUGGUGUAGAUGUAGUACACAUACAUAGUACGACAAAUGCUAUGGUUAUUGAAUUUUUAAAAAUAUCAAAUGAACAGGCAAAUUUUAAAAGAAAAGAUCCAUCAAUAGUUUAUACAUUGUACAAUUACUAUGAUGAUCAUCUUCAUUCAUAUGAUCUCGGAGACGUGAAUAAGUUCUUGGAAAUACAAGAUAUGAAUCAAUUUGAAUAUGAAAAUUCACAGUAUAUUCGUGAAAAUAGGUUAUUUGUAUCUUCGCUUGCGGUUGACAAAUCACAAAUGGCUACGUUUAUGUCAGAAGAGAUAGCUCGUGAAAUGGUGGAAGGUCCAUUGGAUUUCGACCUGAAAGAACUCGUAUUGCCAAAUAUUCUUAACAAGGCAAAAAUAGGACGUUGGGUUGGUAUAUCAUAUGGAUUUGAUGUUACAGAGCCCAAUCCUUUUAAAAAUCAGUUGCUCGAAAUAAGCAAUGCGACUUUUCCAGAAAACCUUGAUAUUUUAGAUCCAUUGGAUUUUUAUGACAAUAGUUUAAACAUUUCGCCACAAGAUUUGAUAGCUGUAUCAAAACUCAACGCUAAGAAAUAUUUGAUUAGCGAAGGACUGCUGAAUGAAGAUGAUCUUGAACGUCCGUUGGUUUUAUUCGAUGGAAAAUUUCAAAUCACGGGAUUUCAAUUUUUUGUGGAGGCAACGAAUACUCUGGCAACUUUGGAUGCAAAAUUUGUGAUAAUGGGACAACGAAACAGAUAUCCAGUUGUAAAAUUGAAAAAAAUGAUAGAAAAUUAUGCUGAUCAUUUGAUUAUUAUUUAUGAACCUGAAAUUCGUGAAAAGUGGGGGGUUCAUCUUUAUGCAGCAGCUGAUAUUCAAUACGUUCCAGACCCAUCAGAAGAUCUUGGAUUAGUUGCAGCGGAAGCACUGCUGUUUGGUACACCAGUGGUCAGUUCUGAUAUCGAUAUGGGAGACUUAAAUGAUGUUUUAAUAAAUAAAACAAUAUAUGAAGACAAGACAAUAAAUGAUUAUAAUUCUUAUCUUUAUGAAUUAGAUGAAGAAUUUAUUGAUUCAUCAAUUCAGGGAGUGAAAUCUGCGCUAUCCGAUGCUGUGGAAGAUUGGAGAAGAAUGGCAACUGAUCUGGUAGAACGUGAAUUAUUUGUUAGAAAAUUGAUCAGGAGUGCUUUAGAGUUAGAUUGGCGUAGAAUUGGUGGUCCAAUAGAACAAUAUAGAAAAGUUUACAAGAUGGCAAUGUUACAGAUAUCGGACCAUUUAGAAGUAGAUGAAUUAUGGCAUUAA